CCGGCCCGGCGCGGCCGCUGCGCUCGGCCGGGCGGGCGGCUCGUCCCGCUCCGCUCCGCGCUCCGCUCCGCGCUCCGCUCCGCGCUCGCCGGGGCCCCGGGGGCAGCCCAGGCCGCGCCGCGCCCGGGACAUGCGGCAGCCCCCGCCGGCGAGGAGGCGAUGAGGCUCCGCAGCGGCACGGCGCUCACGCUGCUGCUCGGCUGCCUGUGCGCCCUGCUCUCGCUCUCCUGGUACGGCGCCUUCGGCGGGCACAAAGGUGACGUUGUGGACAUCUACCAGCGGGAGUUUCUCGCCCUCCGGGACCGCCUGCACGCAGCCGAGCAGGAGAGCCUGAAGCGCUCCAAGGAGCUCAACCUGGUCCUGGAGGAGAUCAAGAGAGCCAUCUCGGAGAAGCAGGCCCUGCGGGAUAUAAACCGGACCUGGAGCAGCUUAUCUGACGAAACCAAGUUAAAACUGUGGAAUAUCACCAACAAGAAUGUGCUGCACCUCCCCACCAUCUUCCAUCAUUUGCCACAUUUGCUGUCAAAGGAGAACAGUCUGCAGCCAGCCGUGCAUGUGGGACAGGGGCGCACUGGAGUGUCCGUUGUGAUGGGAAUUCCCAGCGUGAAGCGGGAGGUGCAUUCCUACCUCACUGACACCCUCAACUCCCUCAUCUCAGAGCUCACGCAGCAGGAGAAGGAGGACUCUGUCAUCGUUGUCCUCAUUGCUGAGACGGACCCACAGUACACAGCCGGCGUGGCAGACAGCAUCAAAACCCUAUUCCCUAAGGAAAUACACUCAGGUCUCCUAGAGGUAAUUUCCCCGUCUCCACAUUUCUAUCCUGAUUUCUCCCACCUGCGGGAAUCCUUUGGGGACCCCAAGGAAAGAGUCAGGUGGAGGACGAAGCAGAACCUCGACUACUGCUUUUUAAUGAUGUAUGCCCAGUCCAAAGGCAUCUAUUACGUGCAGCUGGAGGAUGAUAUUGUGGCCAAACCAAACUAUCUCAGCACGAUGAAGAACUUUGCCUUGCAACAGCCCUCUGAGGAGUGGAUGAUCCUGGAGUUUUCUCAGCUGGGGUUUAUUGGAAAAAUGUUCAAGUCUCUGGAUCUGAGCUUGAUUGUGGAGUUCAUCUUGAUGUUCUAUAAAGACAAACCCAUUGACUGGCUGCUGGAUCACAUCCUUUGGGUGAAAGUCUGCAACCCUGAGAAAGAUGCAAAACACUGCGACAGGCAGAAGGCAAACCUGAGGAUCCGCUUCAAGCCCUCGCUCUUCCAGCACGUGGGAACCCACUCCUCCUUGGCUGGGAAGAUACAGAAGCUGAAGGACAAGGACUUUGGCAAGCAGGCCCUGAGGAAAGAGCACGUCAACCCUCCAGCAGAGGUGAGCACCAGCCUGAAAACCUACCAGCACUUCACCUUGGAGAAGGCUUACCUGCGGGAGGACUUCUUCUGGGCCUUCACUCCCACUGCUGGUGACUUCAUCAGAUUCAGAUUCUUCAAACCGAUCCGCAUCGAAAGGUUCUUCUUCCGCAGCGGGAACAUCGAGCACCCAGAAGACAAACUCUUCAAUACAACUGUGGAGGUUUUGCCGUUUGACAGCCUGCAGUCAGAUAAGGAAGCCUUGCAGGAGGGAAGAGGAACAGUCGUCAAAUACCGCAGGACACCAGAUGGCUACAUCCAGAUAGGUUCCUUCUCCAAGGGUGUUGCAGAGGGUGAGGUGGACCCAUCCUUCGGGCCCCUGGAGGCCAUCAGGCUGACCAUCCAGACUGACUCCCCAGUGUGGAUCAUCUUGAGCGAGAUUUUCAUCAAAAAAGCCGAGUGACGCGGGUGUGCAGAAGGGUGCCCACACGUGUGGAUCCCCGGGCCGGCUCCCUCCCCUUCAGCUCCCUCCUCCCCGCGGCGCCUCGCCGGGACACGGCCCCGCGCACCCACAGGGCUCGGCCAACCGGCCGCCGGGCCCGCACCCACAGCCCCCGCGGCUGCUGCGGGGCCAGGACGUCGUCUCCUCUGGAAGAAGAGCAGAAAUGAACCCCACUUCCCCGCGCAGGGGCCGGCUCUGCUGCCCUCGGCCCCUCGGGUGCACGGCUGCCGCACCGACACGGAACAGUUUGGGGUCGGGAUGAGCGUUAGUGAAGUGUGGGGACAAAAAGCACCUUCAGCCCGGGACAGGGCAAGGUCUUGGCUGUCUUUGGGGACAGAGCAGGGCAGGCUUGGUCACUCUGAGUCCUGCCAGCUGAGCCUGCAGGUGUGCUGGGAGGGAGCCGGCCAGGAGCCGAAGCCUGCCUUGCCUUCGCCCAGGUAACGGUCCUGGCCACAGCUGAGGAUGAAGCAGGGGUGAAGAUGGACCCUCCUUCAGCAGAGGAGGAACAAACCCAGAGGGGUUGGAGCUGUGAGUAUGGCAGGGAAAACAAAACAAUAAACUACGCCGCACUGUGCCUGCCAGCAUCAAACACAGCCCCUUGACUCACGGUGAAGUCUCCAGUGUUUUCAUGCCUUGAGAUUGAGUGCAGAAACCAUCUUUUUAAAAUAACUAUUUCAGUUAUUGAUUGAUGUGAAUUUUUUGGGGGAAGGAAAAAAAAACAAUGCAGAAGUAGCCCAGUUCAAAAAUAGUAGGGAUUAGUGUAAAUCCCAAUGUCUCUUCAGCUAUACACUGGAAUGCAUUAUACUACUUUAAUGUGCUGUAUUUUUUAUUAUUGGAUACAUUUGAUUUUUUUUCAAGUACAUCUCUAUAUAUAAAUAUAUAUAAAAUAAUGUGCACUGUAAUAAAAGCUAAAUUUAAACGUU